AUGUUGAUGCGCUGGGACGGUAGCGCCGAAGCCGUCGUGAUUCGCACCAACACCGGAGAAGGCAACGGUUGUACUCUGGACCGCCAGGGCCGGCUCCUGAUGUGCGAGGGGGCCAACCGGCAAAUCACUCGGAUGGACGCCGAUGGCUCGAUAACCACGGUGGCCGACCGGUGGCAGGGCCACCGGCUCAACCGACCCAACGACAUAGUUUGCCGCACCGAUGGCAGCGUCUAUUUCACCGACCCGGAACGCGGCAUCCCGGAGGAACAACGGGAGCUGGGUUUCGCCGGCGUCUUUCGAAUCGCGCCCGAUGGUACGUUGAGCGUGGCUACCGACGAGUGCGAAUACCCCAACGGGCUCGCGUUGUCCCCGGACGAGACGGUUCUCUACGUUGCGAUCAGCCGUCUUGAUGAUCGCUGCGUUCAGGAGGCGGAACGGGGGGAAGUGUGCACCCACCGGCGCAUUAGAGCCUUCGAUGUCGCCUCUGACGGGACGCUCAGUAACAACCGGAUAUUCUCUGAUAUGUCUUCAGCCGAGCCCGGAGUACCGGACGGCAUGAAAGUGGAUACCGAAGGGAGAGUGUAUUGCACCGGCUCCGGAGGGAUUUGGGUGAUCGAUCCCCAAGGCAACCGACAGGGUGUUAUCCGUGUCCCCGAGGUGCCCCGUAACCUCGUUUUCGGCGGCGCGGACCUGGAUACCAUGUUCAUCACCGCCGGAGAUUCGGUUUACAGCCUGCAAACCAAGGUGCAGGGCGUGGCUGCGCACUAA